AUGGAUCUCCUGUCGGCCAUGUGUUACUGUUUGGUGAUUUAUGUGAUUAUGCAAUUUAUUCGGUUCUUCAGAGCUGAUGCAGAUUUCACUUUGUUAUGGGCUGAAUAUCUGGGAAGCAAACCAGAAACCAAACUCUGUAAGAAAGUUGUAUGGAUAACAGGAGCCUCGACUGGAAUUGGAGAGGAGUUAGCAUACCAACUUGCAAAAUUAGGGGCUUCACUAGAACUCUCUUCAAGGAGAGAAGCUGAACUGCAACAAGUUAAACAAAACUGCCUUGAUUGUAGUGGAUUACAAGAGGAGGAUAUUCUUGUUUUGUCACUAGACCUGAAUGAAUACAGUACCCAUGAGGCUGCAACAAAAAGAGUUAUCCAGCAAUUUGGUAAAAUCAACAUUUUGGUCAAUAAUGCUGGACGUUCCCAGCGGUCCCUUUUUCUGGAUACAUGCUUUGAUGUUUACAAAGCUAUUAUGAACCUAAACUUCUUUGGUACAGUGUCAAUGAGCAAGUGUGUUUUACCCUACAUGGUUAAACAGGGGCAAGGACAGAUAGUCACCGUCAGUAGUUUGUCUGGCCUGGUUGCAGCACCGGCUUCUACAGGAUACGCGAGUAGUAAACAUGCUCUUCAGGGAUUUUUUAAUUCUCUUCAACCAGAACUUGUCAAUUACCCAGGAAUUGUAAUCAGUAUGGUUUGUCCUGGAUUGGUCCACUCAAAUAUUGUGAAAAAUGCUUUUACUGAAGAGAUAAAUAAGAUGACAGCUGAGAGUUCAGUACAAACCCACAAAAUGCCAACAGCCCAUUGUGCUUAUCUGAUAUUAGUUGGAAUGGCAAACGAAUGAAAGGAGGUGUGGAUUUCAGAGCAGCCAUUGCUGCUUUAUGUUUACCUGUGGCAGUAUGCUCCAACCUGGGCCUGGCUGGUAGCUGACAAGGUGUUAGUACAGAGAAUUAAGAAUUUGAAUAGCGGACUGGAUGCUGAUGCCACAUAUUUUGGAAAGAGAAAGGUUAAAGCAACUUGAAGCUAUGGCUAUCUUGUUUUAUUUGUAGGUAAUGCAUGUCUUGCAUAUUAGUUUUAAUACUUUGCAUAAUGUCAUUUAGUAAGUUACUUAAGUUAGGUGAAUUCUGUAA